UCCCAAGGAAAUACAACUAAAACACACUUUCGAAAUGCCAGGAACCCAUGGACAUCCCAAGAAUCCAAAGCAGCUGCUGAAAUGGAUCAACGUCAUGCUGCACAGCGACUACCGCUCCAUGCCGGAGCUGAGUGGCGGUGCCGCCUGGUGCCGGCUCCUGCACUGCAUUCACCCAAACACCUUCAAUGUGGAGUCUGUGCGGGAUGCGGGUCCGCCGGCCAAGCUGAGGCGUAAUUAUGACAUCUUGCGGCGGGCUCUCAAACGCCUGGGCAUUCCGCUGGAGCUGCGUGUCCAGCAAUUGCAGAAAGGCAACACCCAGGUCACCAUUGAGCUGAUCCACUUCUUUAUGGAUCUUUAUGUGCAGCGGAAAUUGCAGCGGCCACAGCCACAGCCAGAGCAUGGACCACUGGGGAAGUUUCUGCAAUGGCUGCAAAGUUUAGUUGUGGGCAAGUCCGCGGCAGAUGAUCCGCAAGCUUAUCUGCUGCUGUUUGAGAAAAUGCCUAAAUUGAAACCGCUGAAAGCGUCCCAGCCCACACAAACAGUUUCCUGUGAGAUGUUGCCCCGCUUGAGUGGUGGACAGGAGCAGAAACUGCAGCUGGAGCUUGAUCAACGUCGCAGGGAUCACGAUGAGAUCCAUCCACUGAUCGGGGCCUGCCAUCAAAUGUUGCUGAUUAAGAACGAGAUGAAGGAACGCUGGCAGGAGUGCAGACGCGCCCGUUUGGCCCAGAAACAGCAGCAGCAGCAGCAGGAGCGAAGAAAGGAAAGAGGCCACUGAAACUGUGUGAGCUGUGCCCUGUGGCCGCCUUUUUGCUUUUGUCGCACUUAAUACACUUCGAUUUAAUGGACGGCGCACAUCUUAAUAGGGUUUCCGCGGCAAUGGCCAUCUUCCAUCUUGUUCUGUCUGUUGCUGGUCACACUUUGGCUCUCC